GUCAAAUAAAAAGAAAAAAUAUAUUGUUAGUGUAAACGAAAAACAACAAAUUAAAAUGGUAAAAUGGAGAUAUUGACACGAGUAUUACCUGCAAACCUAUUUAGAUUAACUACAUCUAGGCUUAUAUUAACAAACGUAGCACAUUAUACAAGAUUGGCAGAAGUUGGAAAGUUGGAGACGCCAAAGACAACAGGAAAAUAUGAUACGGGUCAACUUAUUUUGCAUAAAGUAUUCGGUUACAGAGGCGUUAUAUUAUUUCCUUGGUUAGCAAGAGUUUAUGACAGGGAUGCCACUAAUAAGAAAGAAUACGCUGAAACCGCCAACCCCUCAGAAACGGGUGAUACUCUAUCAAACGUAGGCAAAGAAGUCAAGGGGAGAACACAUACAUUUUAUCAAGUCCUCAUAGAUACCAGGGAUGCUCCUUACAUAACUGUGCAAACCAACAUCGAUAUGAGACCAGAAUGGAAGAAAAAGCGCGCACAGACAGAGGCGGUGACCUUUCUCGGCAACCAGGAGUCUAGUCGUAGCCUGUACGCGAUCCCUGGGCUAGACUACGUGGCACACGACGACAUCAUCCCAUACACCUCGCUCGAGCGCGUUCCCCUCCAGCACGAGCUCUUCGACAAGUUCCUCAUGCACAAUCCCGACAAAGACCCACCGUUCAUAGCGCAAGAAACACUCAGGGCUUGGCAGAAGAAGAACCAUCCGUGGCUGGAGCUAAGUGACGUACAUCGCGAGACGACAGAGGGCGUGCGCGUUACCGUCAUACCUUUCUAUAUGGGUAGCCGAGAGUCACAGAAUUCAGCAGUAUACUGGUGGCGUUACUGCAUCCGUCUGGAGAACCUUGGGGCUCAAGCUGUACAGCUGCGCGAGCGGCACUGGCGCAUCUUCUCGCUGUCGGGUACGCUGGAGACGGUGCGCGGGCGCGGUGUGGUCGGCCAGGAACCAGUGCUCGCGCGCCACGCACCUGCCUUCCAGUACAGCAGUCACGUCAGCCUGCAGGCGCCCAGCGGACACAUGUGGGGCACGUUUAGAAUGGAGCGUGAGGACGGCUACACUUUCGACUGUCGAAUUCCGCCUUUCUCUUUAGAGAGCAAGCCAGACGAGGGCUCGCCUAUGUCGCCCACGCCCAGCGCAUGACCAUAGACAAACUGACCGACCCAACAGAUACUAUUUCUACCAACGGACCUAUCACAACGUUAAUUCUACCAACUGCAAAUAAACUACCAAUGUACUUUUCUUUCUUUAAUUUUGUUAUCAUAAUUUUAUUUUCAAUUACAUGUUCCUAUUUCAUUUAGUCGUCAAAUUAAAUCAAAAGCUUGUGCUUUUACAUUGAAAAACCAGCCAGUGCUAAAUGAAAUUUAUAUU